AUGCGAGACCUUGACCUGAGAGACUUGCUGCAGAACACAGGCCGACUCUCUGGGAGUGAGCCUGCUGUGAUGCAGCUCUGCUUGGCCAUGGCUAAGAUGCUCCUGUACCUCUUUGGAGCCACUGCAGACCUUCAGCAUGUGGUCAACAUAUUCCCUAGCCUUGUCGUGGUGGCCCAUGAGCCAGAGGAAGAGGCUAGCGUACUGGUGUCAGACAUUAGGCUUGAAGCUUGUGGGGCGAGGAACCUGGAAACAGCUGAUGUGAAAGGUCCUCAAGAGCCUGCGUCUCCUGGAGGGCGAAGGUCUCUGAAGGCUGUUGACACCGCGGUCCAGGCGGCCCACUCUGGCAGCCUGCUGCACGUGGUGGAAGUACUUCUCCUGGCUGUAGUAAACGAUCGUCGCCUGUAUGAAAAAGGCAUGGCGGUGAUCGCCCCAAUCCUUCACGCCUUUGUUCUGACCCAGACCGGCCCAGCUCACGGCCGGAAGUCCAAGGAGCAAGCUCGGAGCAGCCGGCGGGCGGUACAGGAGAACUCGCCGGCCCAGCAGGCAGGCCUGGAACCCUACUUUGACUUCAUCAUCACCAUCGGGCACUCAAGGCUGAACAAGGAGAAUGACACGCUGAAGGCCCUGUUGAAGGCCAAUGUGGAGAAGCCGGUGAAGCUGGAGGUCUUCAACAUGAAGACCAUGAAGGUGCGAGAGGUGGAGGUGGUGCCCAGCAACAUGUGGGGCGGCCAGGGCCUGCUGGGAGCCAGCGUGCGCUUCUGCAGCUUCCGCAGGGCCAGUGAGCACGUGUGGCAUGUGCUGGACGUGGAACCCGCCUCCCCUGCCGCCUUGGCCGGCCUGCGCCCUUACACAGACUACGUAGUUGGCUCUGACCAGAUUCUCCAGGAGUCGGAAGACUUCUUCACACUCAUUGAGUCCCAUGAGGGGAAGCCCCUGAAGCUCAUGGUGUAUAACUCUGAGUCCGACUCCUGCCGGGAGGUGACUGUGACACCCAAUGCAGCCUGGGGUGGAGAGGGCAGCCUGGGGUGUGGAAUUGGCUAUGGGUACCUGCACCGGAUCCCCACGCAGCCCUCCAGCCAGCACAAGAAGCCACUGGGUGCCUCGCCGCCUGGCAGUCCGUCAUCUGAGACCUCACAACAUAAUGCCUGGCCUCUUGGUGCCCCACCACCGUGGCCCGUCCCUCAUGACCCUCCUGGCCCAGAGUUGGGGUCCAGGCAAAGUGAUUAUGUGGAGGCCCUGCCCCAAGUUUCCGGCAGCUUUUUGGAGGGACAGCUCCUUAGGCCUGGGAGUCCCAGCCAUGGCGCUGCUGACCAUGGGGGAUACCCACGUCCCAUGGAGAUCCCACUCCAGCCUCCGCCUCCAGUACAGCGGGUCAUGGACCCAGGCUUCCUGGAUGUGUCAGGAAUGUCCCUCCUGGACAGCAGCAACGGAAGCAUGUGCCCCAGCCUGUCACCUUCCACAGUGCUGACCUCCGCGGCCAUCUCAGCCUCAGGACCAGAGGACAUCGGCUCCAGUAGCAGUUCUCAUGAGCGGGGUGGUGAAGCUACGUGGUCGGGGUCGGAGUUUGAGAUCUCGUUCCCAGACAGCCCAGGUGCCCAGGUCCAGGUGGACCACCUGCCCCAGCUCACUCUCCCCGACGGCCUCACCUCGGCAGCCUCACCAGAGGAAGGGCUAUCUGCAGAACUGUUGGAGGCACAGGCUGAGGAGCCAGCAGACAUUGACAGCCUGGAUCGCAGAGCCGAGACUGAGGGGCUGGCCAGCCCAGCCCAGGUUGGCCCUGGUGCACAGCCUGGGCUGUGAGAAGGCUCCUGGUGACUUUUGGUGUUGCCUAGGGUUAGCUGUCUGGGCUGCAGCUCCCGGUGAGGCGUGGGCUUUGCUGGAAUCUUCCCAGGGUCCAGGCUUCACCGCAGAACAUGGUCCUGGACUGAAGGGGCAGGAGCGCCGGAGGAACAAUGAGCUUCUGUUGAGGCGGGAGACGGAAUCUGGGCCACGUCAGUGAGGCACUGAAGCCUCACAGGAAGGCAGGGCCUGGUCAGGAUCAAGUGUGAAGAUGGGGUGAGGGGCAAGUGGAGGAAGGGAGAGGAGAGGCUGUGCCUGCAGGUAGCCCUGCCUGUACUGAGAAGGGUCUGAAUCCCAGUGUACUUCCCCAUUCUGAUCCUUAUGCUGGAGGACUGGAGGAGACGCAGUAUACUUGGCUGCUUUACUUCCAAGGUGGAAAUUCUAGUCCAUUCACAGGGAUCCCCAGCCCUGCCCUGGGGAGGGGUUAUGCACCUCAGUUGUAUCCUGUACCCCUCCUGUCAGCUCCCACGUGCAGAGAGCAGGCUCUGACGGAGAGCAGGCGGGUAAAGGCUUCUGUUGGUCCUUAGCAUGAGGGGAGCUGUCCCUUUCAAGGCGAAGGCUGAGAGAUCAUCUGCAUGGCUGGCUCCCUACAGACGGCGCCAGGCUGUCCCCCAGCUCCAGUCUCCGUGCUAACUACUGUAAGCUGCCUAUGGUCUUGUGUUGCAGCCUCUGCCUGCCCCACUGUCCACAGACCCGUAUAACUGUAGGAAGCACAGGCCAAGCAGCAUGGCCGAACACAAGCCCCAUGGAUACACUUACAGCCAGGUGUGUGAGGCAUCCCAGGGCUACUGGUGAGUGCCACAGUGUGGGCAGUACCAUGGGUCACCUCAGGGCCACUCUGUGGCUGGGCCCUCUGACCCUGGCUGCCCUCACUGGGAAGUUCUGCUCCCUGAGACCCCAUAAGUGGGGCCAAGAUGGACGCCGAUGCAGUUUCAAAGAACCCCCAGAUGUUUCUUUCCCUGUAAUCUGCCAUGAAGUGACAAGUGAGAAAAAAAUAAACGUGUAAGACACAAUGAAA